AUGCGACACGCGCCAAGCCCAGUCCUAAACCGAGCUUGCAGACACCGAGCCGCGCCAGGCUCCCGAGCGCGGUCCUCAAACUCAGGUACGUCCAGGGGGCGGACUACAAGCCCCAGAAGGCAGUGCGCGGCGGCGGGGGGGCGGGGCAAGGAGGCUCGGCCCUCCAAGUUACGCCUGCGCGGCGGGAGCGAGUGUGGCGCCGUGGAAGACUACCAGUCCCGAGAGGCGGCGCGGCCGGGCCCGAGUCCGUGGGAUUCUCUGGUCUUCAAACUCUCCUCACUUCUUGGUCACUCCCGCUGCGGUGACUACCUGUUUAAGCUGCUUUUGAUUGGCGACUCGGGCGUGGGCAAGUCUUGCCUACUCCUGCGGUUUGCUGAUGACACAUACACCGAGAGCUACAUCAGCACCAUCGGGGUGGACUUCAAGAUCCGAACCAUCGAGUUAGAUGGCAAAACCAUCAAACUACAGAUCUGGGACACGGCUGGUCAGGAGCGGUUCCGGACCAUCACCUCCAGCUACUACCGGGGGGCUCAUGGCAUCAUCGUGGUGUACGACGUCACCGACCAGGAGUCCUACGCCAACGUGAAGCAGUGGCUGCAGGAGAUCGACCGCUAUGCCAGCGAGAACGUCAACAAACUCCUGGUGGGCAACAAGAGCGACCUCACCACCAAGAAGGUGGUGGACAACACCACGGCCAAGGAGUUUGCAGACUCUCUGGGCAUCCCCUUCCUGGAGACGAGUGCCAAGAACGCCACCAAUGUCGAGCAGGCGUUCAUGACUAUGGCUGCUGAGAUCAAAAAGCGGAUGGGGCCGGGGGCCGCCUCGGGGGGCGAGCGGCCCAACCUCAAGAUCGACAGCACCCCUGUGAAGCCGGCUGGUGGUGGCUGUUGUUAGGAGGGGCAGUGGAGUGGGACAGGAGGGGGCGCCUUCUCCAGAUGACGCCCCUGGAGGGGGCCGGAGGGUCUGCCCUCUCCCUCUCCUGGGGCAUUUGAGUCUGUGGCUUUGGGGUGUCCUGGGCUCCCCAUCUCCCUCUGGCCAUCUGCCUGCUGCCCUGAGCCCCGGUUCUGUCAGGGACCCCAAGGGAGGCCACCGAGGACCUGCGGCUAGGGCGGGGGCGGGGGUUUGCUCGCUGCUGCCUCUAGGUAACGUUAAAAGAUGCCCACCACACACCUUUCUUUGGGAUGAGGGCUCUUCUGUCUCUCCCUUCCCCUCCACCCCCUGGAUGCUGCACUGGGUUUCUCUCCCUUCCCUUUUUCCUCUCUCCCCCAUCCCUAGAACUGAGGGUCUCUCUGGCCUCUGCUGCCCUGGCUGCAGCCAGCACCUGGAGCCAGGAGUGUGGCCAGGGGAUCCAGGACCUGGGAGAACCCUGGGCUGGAUCUCAGGACGGGCAUGGGGGCCACCGGGGCCCAGCAGCCCACCCUUUCCUCCCCUGGCUGCCUCCCUUCCGGCCCCUCCCACACUCCCAGCUCGAGCCGUCCAGCUGUGGUGGGGUCUGAGCACCUCGAGGGCAGGUAGGCGGGCAGCCGUGCUCGGCCUGUGUCUCGAGCCCAGAGGGAGCCUGCUCCUGCCGCCCCUGCCCUGCCAGAGCCAGGCCCAUGCGCUGCCUGCCCACCGCGCCCCUUUGUCCCCAUGGCAGGCGGAGGCGGAAGGCCCACCGUGCCAGAGGCCGGGCACCAGCCUUAACCCUGUCUCUGCCAGCUCCUGCUUUCCCUGAGGCAGCACACCUGGCUUAUCCCCUUCAUCCCCUGGCCUGAGAAGGCAGACCCCCGUCCCCUGUUGCUCCUCCCCACCCAGGAUCCCAGCCCCCUGCCUCUGGCACAGCUGCUUCCUGCAGGAAGACAAGUCUUUGGUCUCUACCUAAGAAGCCAUGUCCCUUGUGCUGUCUCUUGCCUGUCCCACCCCUGCCCCGCCCUCCAGCUUGUAUUUAAGUCCCCAGGCUGCCCCUUGGGCUGCCCCCCACUCCCAGGUUCCCCUCUGGUGUCAUGUCAGGCAUUUUGCAAGGAAAAGCCACUUGGGGAAAGAUGGAAAAGGACAAAAAAUAAUAAUAAAUUUCCACUGGCCCUCGGGUGAGCCGAGGGUUUUUGCAAGGAA